GCUCUGUCUGUGGCACAUUCAACUGUUAACUCUCAUCUGUUUGGUUAAGUUUUUUUAUGUGUGAUUUGGUCGUUUGGAAGCUUCCGCCGACUAUGUAGAAGUGUAGUUCCUGACCUGUUUUUCCUUAUUAUCGACUGAUUGCUACGACUCUCCACUAAAGAUCUGGCCGUUUGUUCUAUUGUUUUGGAGUUGGUUCGGUUUUGUCUGCGAGUCCGGCAGCCGCGAUGAAGACGGUGUGAGUCACAUGAUCUCCAUGGACAGCCGGACACCGGAAGCGGGGGACGAGGGGGAGCGGAGCGUCAUCCGGCCUCCCUCGGGGGAGGCUCCGGAGCGAGACGCCUCCCCGGCGGGCUUUCUCUACGUGCUGGCGUUCUUCUCGGCCCUGGGGGGGUUUCUCUUCGGGUACGACACCGGGGUGGUGUCCGGGGCCAUGCUGCUGCUGAAGGAGGAGAUGAACCUGAGCGCCCUGUGGCAGGAGCUGCUGGUCUCCAGCACCGUGGGGGCCGCGGCGCUCUCGGCCCUGGCCGGAGGCUCCCUGAACGGGUGGCUGGGCCGCAGGGCCUGCAUCCUGCUGGCCAGCGCGGUCUUCAGCGUCGGAGGCGUCGUCAUGAGCACGGCCCCGGGCAAGGUGGCGCUGCUCGUGGGCAGGGUCACGGUCGGUUUGGGCAUAGGCAUUGCCUCCAUGACGGUUCCUGUCUACAUCGCCGAAGUGUCCCCCCCUCACAGGAGAGGUCAGCUGGUCACCAUCAACUCGCUCUUCAUCACCGGCGGGCAGUUCGUGGCGAGCGUGGUCGACGGCGCCUUCAGCUACGUGGGCCGCGGCGGCUGGAGGUUCAUGCUGGGCUUGUCCGUUCUCCCGGCAGCGCUGCAGUUCGUCGGCUUCCUCUUCCUGCCCGAGAGCCCCCGUUGGCUCCUCCAAAAGGGUCGGAGCCAAGAGGCCCGCCGAGCUCUCGGCCGCAUCCGAGGAGGGCGGAGCGUCGACGAGGAGUACGACUCCAUCCGAGCCAGCAUCGAGGAGGAGGAGGGGAAGGAGGCGGGCGGAGGAGGCCUUAUUAUUUUGCGGAUCUUUGGUCACGGCCCGACGCGGAGGGCCCUGGUCGUUGGCUGCGGCCUCCAGAUGUUUCAGCAGCUGGCUGGUAUCAACACCGUCAUGUACUACAGUGCCACCAUUCUGCAGAUGGCCGGGGUGCAGGACGUGAAGCGGGCCAUCUGGUUGUCGGCGGCGACCUCCGCCACCAACUUUGUGUUCACGCUGGCCGGCGUGUGGCUGGUGGAGCGGGUGGGCCGCAGGAAGCUGACCCUGGGCAGCCUGUUAGGCACCGGUCUGAGCCUGACUGUCCUGGCGGUCGGGUUUUGGCUUUCCGCCCGGUAUUCUCCGCCCGCCACCCUCCACCCGGUCGACGCUCAAAACUCCACCUGCCGGCUCUACGGGUCCUGCGAGCUCUGCAUGUUGGAUCCAGAUUGUGGAUUUUGUUAUCGGGAAAACGGCAGCGCCGUGUUCGACUCCUCCUGCGUCCCCGUGGCUCAGGCCUCCACGGAUCACGCCGCCUGGGGGAGGUGUUCCAACCAGACGGAGGCGACCAGCAGCCCCACCUGGGCCUACAACUACUGCCCCACGUCCUACUCCUGGGUGGUCCUCACGGGCCUCCUCCUCUACCUCGCCUUCUUCGCGCCCGGGAUGGGCACCAUGCCCUGGACGGUGAACUCUGAGAUCUACCCGCUGUGGGCCCGCAGCACCGGCAACGCCUGCUCAGCCGGGGUCAACUGGAGCUGCAACGUGCUGGUGUCGCUGACCUUCCUCCACGUCGCUCAGUACCUGACGUACUACGGGGCCUUCUUCAUGUACACUGGCCUGGUGGCGUUGGGGCUCCUCUUCGUCCUCGGCUGCCUCCCAGAGACCAAGGGCCUGCAGCUGGAGGACGUGGAGAGCCUGUUCACCGGUCCGCUCUGCUCCUGCGGAGCCUCCUCGCCCGCUCGCCACGUCCAGUACAGCCGCUUGGACGGCAGCAACGCCCCCCUCUCUGAUGAUGACGAAGACGCCACGGAUUAGAGGUUUUCUUUGUAUUUUGAUGACUGUCGGGGGCAUUUUUUAGAUCCUUUGUAUUGCCUCUUACCGGCCAGGCAGCCGUCUUUUUGUGAGCGAUUUUCUGACUUUGGCGAGUGUCGACCGGCAGGAAUGUGUUUGUGCUGUGGCCGCGUGACUUUGUGAGGAACACUUUGACUCUUGGAAUAGACAUUCCUGUUGGAACCGUGGGUUUAAUCUUUUAACCUUCAUGCUAUUGUUUACACAGUGGGGGAGAUUGCACUUUCAAACAUGUGUCCCUUUUCUGAAUAAAUGUGUAGAUAUUAACUUGCUGGAACGUGUUACAGAAAUAUAUGUUCUGGAUCGGGGGGUAGAGGGGGGGGGGGG